AUGGGCUUGGUGGCAAAGGCAGCCGGUGUGCCUUUGGAUCGUGUGCGCCGCCGCGCCAGUGAGCUGCAAGAGGCCAAUCCCAUGCUGGGCCACCGAGGUUGCCGUCUGGCAAUCACAUAUCCGGAGAUCUGUGAGAUGCAGGCUCGCGCCAUCUUCGAGGCGGCAGCAGAGGUCGGUCGCAGCGCCAAGAAGACACCGGUGGCUGAGGUCAUGGUACCUUUGGUGUCCACCUUGGAGGAGCUGGUUCAGCUGAAGAAGGUGAUCGAGGCAACGGCCCAGCAGGUUCAGAAGGAGCAGGGCGUGAAUUUCACAUACCGCGUUGGAACUAUGGUGGAGCUACCCCGAGCUGCACUGCAAGCAG